AUGCCAUGCGGCGACCUACUUGGUUAUGUGAGGAAAUGCCGAGCAGUGAGAGAUCGGUAUUAUCUUGGUGAUGGUAGGGCUCAAGAUUUAACCAACUAUAAUCUUGUGAUUUUUGCCAAACAAAUCGCUGCCGGUAUGGUGUUCCUUGGAUCGAGAGGGGGAUGUUUGCCAAUCAAAUGGACUGCACCAGAGAUUCUGCUGGGAUAUCUCGCUGCACUUUCCACUUUGAGUGAUGUCUUUAUCAGUGAUAUGUUCAGUAAUAUCACAUGCACACAUCCUUAUGCCUUGUCAGGAGGAAUUUCAUAUCAUGGAUGGUCAGAAGGCAGGGUGGUUGCAGAAGUCACAAAAGGAUAUCAGAUGCCAAAGCCUGAUCAUGUUGAUAAAGAACUGCACGAUAUGACGAAACGGUGCUGGAAUCUUAACCCUGACUUCCGUCCUCGAUUUGAAAACCUGCGACAAAGAAUGGACAAAUUCCUUCGUGAAGAGACAUAUGUGGAACUCCUUAAUCUGGGAGCUUAUGACAAGAAAAAAUACUACAGAGUUGAAGAUCUUGGAGAUAAAGAUCCAGGACCGA